UCUAUUCUAGAUUUUUGGGAUGCAGGCUGGCAUGAUAGGAACACGAGUCGAUUGGCAGUACACUGCCGAAAAGGCAAACGAUUCUAGUCUCAGUAUAGUCAACGGAACCAGAUGGCCCAGAGGAAAGAUGCUCGGUGGAUCUGGUGCUAUAAAUGGAAUGCAAUGGAUACGAGGAAACCGUAAAGAUUUUGAUGAGUGGGAGCAAUUGGGAAAUACCGGUUGGGGAUGGGAAAGUGUAUUGAAAUACUUCAAAAAAUCAGAGGACAAUAAGGUGCCGGAAAUUGCUGAGGCGUACGCUGGAAAGUACCACGGCCAAGGAGGUUACCUGAGUAUCGACUAUUUUCCUACGUCAAAUCCAUAUGAUUCGGUUCUUUUGGAAGCAGCUAAUGAAGUCGGAUUUAAACAACUUCUUGAUUUUAAUGCCGAAGAACACAUUGGAUAUGGAGUAUGUCAGCACAACAUUGAAGGAGUUACACGUGCCAGUACCGCAAAAGCAUUUUUAAAUCCGAUUAAACAUCGGGAUAAUCUUCAUAUUAUCAAAAAUGCUUUUGUCGUAUCACUCCAUUACGGCUCAGAUAACGUCGUCAAAGGAGUUAACAUGAUUAUCGAUGAUGAAUCUUUCCAAACGGCGAUUGCAACGAAAGAGGUUAUUCUAUCAGCAGGCACAAUUAAUACUCCUCAACUGCUUAUGCUUUCUGGCAUUGGAAAGCGUGAAGUACUUACAAAUCUCAAUAUUACUGUGAGAAUGGAAUUGUCGGUUGGAGAAAAUUUACAAGAUCACGUUUUUCUUCCCGUAUUUUUUGGAAUAGAAGCACAAUUGCUAAACAUCGUGGAGUCUCGACGUAAUACUCUGUUGAAUUUGUUUGAAUUCACUUUACUCAACAGGAGCCAACCAGUGGUUCCAACGGUAUUUACUCCCAUUCUUGGAUUUGCCAAUACAAAGAGUGAUACUAGUCCGUUUCCAGAUGUUCAAUUUGAAACUAUGUUCAUAGCCAGAGGCGAUUUUAAGGCGCUGGGUUUCUUCGAAGGAAUUGGUUAUGCUGGCAAUAUCAUAAGAUCAUUGAGAAAUCAUAUUGAACGUCAAGAUGUUGCCGUUGCUUGGGUCGUCGGAAUUGAUCCUAAAUCAAAAGGAUCGCUCCGACUCAAAUCUUCCAACCCUUAUGAUCAUCCUUCGAUAGUGACUGGUUAUUUCAGUGUAGCCAGUGAUAUCGUUGUCAUUCGAGAAGGAAUCCGAAUUCAACAGGAACUUUUCAAAACACAAAGUUUCCAAAAAUAUCGUGCUAAACCAUUGAAAAUGAGCAUAUCUGCAUGUGACUCAUUGUUGUACGAUUCUGAUUUAUACUGGGAGUGCUACAUUCGACAUCUGAGUACGACACUUUAUCAUCCAGUAGGAACGGCAAAGAUGGGAUCUCCAACUGACCCAGAAGCCGUUGUUGAUUCUCAACUGCGAGUUUAUGGAAUCGAUGGACUACGAGUCGUGGAUGCCAGUAUAAUGCCUUCGGUUACCAGUGGAAAUACGAACGCCCCAACUGUUAUGAUAGCUGAGAAGGCUUCCGAUCUGAUUAAGCAAACAUACUCAACGUAAUCUCGUGUUUAGAAAAAGCGUUCUUUUACAACUUUACCAGUACGUAUAUUUAAAAAUUAUAAUAUUGAAAUGUUAUUUACACAAUUUUCUAAAAAGUCUCACAAAGGAUUCAGAACACUACAUACAAAUGAUUCUACAAUUUGGUAUCAUAGGAGAUUUCAGAGAUUAUUAGGGUUUCAAUAUUUUGCCAAAAUGAAAACCAUUGAAAACAUACAUAUACUGCCAGUAAUUAUAAUAAUUAAAAAGUUAUUUUUAAGGUAGGACUAGGUUCAAAUAAAUAUCACUUAGCAUAUCUUUAAUUUUUCGAAUUGUUGCUCUGAAAGAAUGACAUUACGUAAAUAGUAAAAUCAUUAAUCAUUACCAGGGGAAGUCAGAACUUGUGUAUAAAGCACUCAUAUUGAGAACAUUUAGCAGAUUUAAUGGUAUAUAAAUGCACUCAUUAUACAGUGAAAUGCACGGAUACAUAGGAGGUGGAAGAACAUUAAAAAAUCUAAGACUCAUGGAAGAAUUGC